AUGGGAGGCUCAGGUCGGGACUGCAUGAGGCAUUGCCGAGGCCCCAUGGGCUUCGCAGCUACUGGUGACGCCUACUGCCACCGCGGCGACUUGGCACUCCAAGGGUUGGAGAAUUGUGUCAAGGUGGUGGACGACAUUCUUCUCUUUGAUGAUGACUUCCCCACACACUUGCAGAGGAUUCAUCAGAUGCUCAGCAGAUGCAGAGAGCACGGGAUCACUCUCAACAAUGACAAGUUUUCAGUUGCCGAGCCUCAGGUCCGAUUCUGUGGCUACAACCUCUCCCCCUCUGGCAUCUCUGCAGGCGAAGACCGCGUCAGUGCAAUCCGGGACUUUCCUACGCCCGCGAACUUGACUGACCUCCGCUCCUUUAUGGGCUUAGUGAACCAGCUGUCAAAGUUCACCCCGGACAUAGCAGCCGCAGCCCAGCUUCUCCGCCCUCUCUUGAGCCCUAAACGGACGUUCACUUGGACAGCGGACCAUGAUGAAGCCUUCAACCAUGUCAAGACGGUGCUUCUCCAGCCGCCUGUUCUGGCCCACUUUGAUCCAGCGCUACCAGUCGUCCUCCAGACGGAUGCCUCCCGCCUUCAUGGGAUUGGGUACGCUCUCCUACAAGAUCACGGCCAAGGAUGCACACGACUAGUUCAAUGUGGCUCACGCUUCCUCACUGACGCUGAGACGCGCUACGCCACCAUUGAGCUCGAGCUGCUUGCCGUUGUAUGGGCCAUGUCCAAGUGUCGGCUCCACCUCAUAGGCCUACAGCACUUCACGCUGAUGACGGACCAUCGGCCACUGGUCCCGAUCCUGAAUGCCUACACUUUGGACGCGAUCGAGAAUCCCCGUCUCCAACGUCUGAAGGAGAAAAUCUCGCCCUACCUCUUCACAGCCGUAUGGCGCGCCGGGAAGUUGCUACGCAUCCCAGAUGCUCUGUCGAGAGCCCCAGUCAGCCACCCCACUCCUGAGGACGAGAUGGCGUGCACUGCUGCCACUGCCCACCUGCGGUGUGUCGUAGCUGCCAACGCUGAAGGCUCCGACCAAAACACACCACACCAUGACGCCGAUCGGACGCUCCAGGAGUUCAGAGCAGCAGCGAGGGCAGACCCGUCAUAUGCCCACCUCACCGCCUGCGUGACAUCUGGCUUCCCGUCCAACCGGUACGAGCUCCACAGUUCCCUACUUCCCUACUGGAAGCUCCGCGAUCACCUCUACGCAGAUGGGGAGCUUGUCCUCUAUGGCCAGAGGAUCGUGGUUCCUGUAGCUCUCCGCCGCCGCACCCUUGCUCGUCUCCAUGACAGCCACCGCGGUGUGGAAGCCACUCGCCGUCGGGCGAGGCAGACUGUUUUCUGGCCUGGCAUUGACUCUGACAUCGCCAAUACUACUUCUUCACAGUCGCUGGCAAGUCCUUUCUUGUCAUUGCGGACAGACUCUCGGGAUGGCCUGUGGUCGUCCCAUGUGGUGCGGACACCACAGCCACACGCACCAUCCAGAUGUUCUGCCGCUAUUUCCGGGAAGUGGGUGUCCCCCCUCCGUCUCCGCACUGAUGGCGGGCCCCAGUUUGCCAGUGCAGACUUCCAGAACUUCAUGGAGCGCUGGGGUGUUCACCACAUAGUGACUUCGCCGCACUAUCCCCAGUCUAAUGGCCAUGCUGAGGCGGCUGUCAAGUCGGUGAAGCAUCUCAUCUUGAAGACAGCCCCCUCCGGCAACAUUGAUACGGAGGAGUUUGCCAGAGGUCUCCUGGAGCUGCGUAACUCUCCCAACUAUACAGGACGGUCCCCUUCGCAACACCUCUAUGGCCACCCUCUUCGGUCCUGCGUCCCUGCCCACCCAGAGUCCUUCUCCGCGGACUGGCAGACCAAGACGGAGGAAUGCGACCGCCGCGCUGCCGCCCGAGCUGAACAGGUGCAGGCUCACUAUGACCAGCACGCCAGGCCCCUCCCCAAGCUGUGCAUUGGAGCCACAGUCCGCAUCCAGGACCCUGUGUCUCUCCGCUGGGAUAAGGUCGGUGUGGUCAUGGGCUGCAGCAGGAACAGGGAAUAUGAUGUUCGUCUCCCCAGCGGACGUGUCUGGCGACGCAACCGCCGUCUCCUACGCCCAGUGCCGCCCCAUGGUGAUGAUCCUCCCCACCAUAUCCCUGUGGUCCCUUGGUCAGACGAGAAAAGUCCGUCUGCUUUACUUGCUCCCCCAGUUGCCCCACGUCGUUCCCAGCGGCUCAUGGAAAAGAGUUCCGCUCGAGACAGUGCUACGAGCGUGAGGGGGGAGGGAGGUGUGGGUAUGUAAUGUAAUGUAGCAUAUGUAUUCCCUGUACCUCUGAUUAUCGUACGCCUGGCAACCCUACGUAAGCCUCAGUCUUGCUGGCGUCUCCAAGGCAGGCACGCGUACGGGGGUCCUUCCAAGGCUUUCUCUGUGUUCCUCUGCUUGAAUACACCUACUACAGUUAGUACGUGUUUCUAUGAAGAACCUUCUCCUUCGUGGCUGUACUGUCCCGACAGCUACCCAAC